CCCUCCUUAUUGAAGCCAAGGUAUUCCCCUCAUCCACCAACAUGUCAUUCCAACCAGAGAACGUUGUCGACGACGCUACAUUCGCUGUUUCUUCUCGUCUUCUUUCCUGCCUAGUAACUGAAUCGUUGCUGCGUGCAUUUUACGUCCCGCUCUCCCAUGGAGAUCGCGCCACUGGGAUACUCAUAAUUCUGUCUACCACCUCACUGUCAGAACAGUCUGUCAUCAACCGAGUGCUUCACUCGCGCGACAUCUUUGCCGUUGUCCCCCUUCGCAACACGCCAGUUCUCUCCAAUGUUGAGGCGGAUAAACAUGGUCGAUCUGUCGGCCUUGUAGAUCCCCUUGAUAUGCUCCCCGAAAUUUAUGAGCUUACUCAGAAUUCGAACAGUCACAUAAACGUAAGAAGAUGCUUAUCUUGCCUGCUUCUCGCCGUUGAUUUCACCUCAUAGGACGAUCUCUCCAGGAUGGUGAAGGAGACUUUGCUGCCUCCUCACUGGGACCUUCAAUCAGUGGAACUGGUUAAAAUAGGUCAUCCAUUGCAUCUAUGGCGAAAGUUCGUCAGAGACAUGGUUGUCCAGGAUGCCUCCAUUGAGGAGGAGAUCCUAAGCUCUUUCCACUGGCAGUUGGCAUCAUUCAAGAAUCCGCCUGCUUGUCCAACACUGUUGUCUGCAGCUAUUGAUUGGGAGCAAAGCCUGGUGGCCGGGCACCCCACCCACCCAAUGCAUAGAGCCAGAACGAUUCCAUUGAGUCUCUCUAACUACGACUGGUACAACCCAGUCAUACGCUUCGCUCGUGUUCCCCGUUCGCGCUUGGAUAUUCAAGGGCCAUUCGAUGUCAUGAGCCUGUCUCUGGCCCAAAAGGCCGCCCAGCGGGCAGGGAAAAUACUAAGCAUCGAUGGCACGACUGUUGUUGUUCCUGUCCACGAAGUUCAAAUUCCGAACAUCAUGGCGAAAUUUCAGGGUGUCGAGAUCCUACCGCCGGAUAUCAAUAUCCGAACCCGUGGGCAGGCCAGCAUUAGAACCGUUGUAAUGUCAGAAUCGCCGGGAAUGGCGCUCAAACUAUCAGUCGGAGUCAAGAUCUCUUCUUCUUUGCGCACGAUAUCCCAUUUCACGGCCGACUUUGGUCCCAGAUUCUCAUCAGAGAUCAUUCCCAAGCUGGUAGUUGAUCAUGAAAUUCUUUCCAUCGAACGGGAACCCGCCAGCGCUGUGUACAGCGGUGUGGAUCCAGAAGUUGCUAAGCAUUUCACGGCAAUUUUCAGGGAAACAUAUCAACCUGCACAUGGUGAAUGUGUAAUAGUUUGCGCAGCUUUGCUUGAGGUAGGCCACAAGGACGUUCCUGCGGGCGUUUCUGCCGUGGAACAUGUAUUUAAGCUUGGCACCUAUGAAAAACGGGUUGAAUUCUUAGAAAGAUACAUACGCAUUGCCUGCCAGGCGUUGUUACCGCCACUAAUCUACAAUGGCGUGGCAUUUGAAGCCCAUGCACAGAACGUCCUCGCACGGUUCGACAUCGAGUCCGGGAAUCUGCUCGGAUUCGUUGUACGCGAUCUUGGGGGCCUGCGAAUUCAUCCGGCUACGUUGGCUGAAUCUACUGGCGUCGAUUUUAAUUUUUUGCCGGGUCACUGUGUUGUUACCAGCACUACGGAAGAGGCCUACCCAAAAUUCUACCACACCCUCAUUCACAAUCACUUGCAGCGACUGAUCCGGGUCCUCGGGAUGCAUUACAAUGGCUGUGGGUGGGAAAUCCUUAGGCGUCACUUGAGUGCAAUUAUUCCUGCCGACCACGAGCUGCGUAAGACCUGGUUGGAUCCUGGGAGCGAGAUCGUUUCUGGGAAGUGUUUGAUGAGGAUGCGGCUACAAGGAUUGUACCGGGAUAUGGUAUUCAGUCCUUUCCCAAACUUGAUUCUGUACCGUCCUCCAAACCUGGAGACGGGCUGCGAAGUGCCUGGUCAAGAAAAUUGAAGACCCUGGAUGCGUUGAAAUCUAAUCAGAAUAUGUAAUUCAUAGCGUUUGUCGAAGAAAGAAAGUGGACUCCUUACGAU